CAGGAAACGAGCCGGUGCGUGUUUGAAGGACUUGACAGCAGAAUGAGAUCUGAGUGGAGUGAGUGAUCGCUCAUUUCAGCACAUUUGUAAUCCUUCCGCUGUGGUUUGGGAUGUCAUAAUCAUGAAUGCCCCUCGUCAUCUGUUGCGGAUCCAGUGUAUUGGGUACGUUGCACGUUUUUUGGGGAAACCUGUACAGCGAGUGAUCCUACCUGCUGGAGCACAUCUGCAAACCCCUGGAUCACAGCACAACUAUGGCCAGCUUCUGAGGCCAUUCCACUGCAGUGCGGUAUGCUCCACGAGUCGUCCAAGCCAGACACAGCUUGAAAAGACAGUUGAAGAUGAGACGCUUAAUAAAGACAAAAGUUUAGUCACACAUGAUGAUUUAUUUGAGCGAGCUGCUAGAGACUCAAAGACCAAGGCGGAUUUUAACAGGGUCGUGGAUGUUUUCAGCAAGAAGGACAUUCGACGAAGAGGCCAUGUGGAGUUUAUUUAUGCUGCUCUGAAGAAGAUGCCAGAAUUUGGAGUAGAACGAGACAUUACUGUUUACAACAAACUCCUGGAUGUGUUUCCAAAAGAGGUGCUUGUUCCACGGAACUUCAUUCAGAGGAUGUUUAACCACUACCCACGGCAGCAAGAGUGUGGAGUACAGCUGCUGGAGCAGAUGGAGAUCUAUGGUCUCAUGCCGAAUGUAGAGACCAAGGUAUUGCUGGCUCAGAUAUUUGGGGAAAAGAGUCAUCCUAUGAGGAAGUACCAGCGUAUCAUGUACUGGUUUCCCAAAUUCAAGCACGCAAACCCCUUCCCCGUCCCACAUGUGCUCCCCAGUGACCCAGUAGAGCUCGCUCGAUUCAGUCUUACCCGGAUUGCAGAUGACCUGGAUGCCAAAAUAUCAAUCUAUCAGUAUCCGUCAACAGACAUCACAGAGCCUGGUGAAGAAGUUAUGCGUCCCCAUAUUGUAGGUAUUCAAAGUCCAGAUCAGCGAUCCCUUCUGGCCAAACACAAUUCCUGCAGGCCUGUGUUUGUCGAAGGCCCGUUUCCACUGUGGCUCAGAAAGACUUGUGUUCAUUAUUACCUACUCAGGGCAGACCCUAUACCGCCUGAGGAAAAGGUUGAGGAAGAGUUUGACCUUGAGAUGAUUGGUCCAGAGCAGAGUCUCUUCUACCCUCAGCGAGUGGAGCUGGACCUGGAAAGAGACAUGGGUGAUGAUUUCAGUUUCAGUGUGGAUGAUGUGGAAGAGGGGCCGGUUUACGCCAUGUGUAUGGCUGGUCAGGGAGACCAGGCUACUCUGUCUCAGUGGAUUUCUGGUCUACAGGAGACCUGUCCCAUAUUAGGCCAGAUCCCUACAGUGUUCCGUCUGGAUUCUGGACCCAGAGAACUGCAAACCUCGUCGGGUGCUCAGCAAACCCCUGAGCAGGAGGUUGAAACAGAACAAAUUAUCGAGGAGGAGCCACUACUCUCACAAAGAGUGAAACUGUGAGAGCCAUGCCAAUGGAUGUGCAUUUUAUGAAGACGAUUAUCAAGCUAAUAUGAUGAACCUUAUAUUUAAUUUAGUUACCAGAUAAUGAUUUAUGUCUGGUCUAUAACACACUAUUUUUGAGUUGAGAUCUGUCUACAGUAUGCGGAGUUGCUCUAUGAUGUGUAAAUAUGCCAUAAACUGAUUUGGCAGUGCAAUAAAACAUAAAUUUCUCCGAUAUUUUGAUUUCGUGGACAUUUUGUACUCUAAUAAUAAUAAUAAUGAUUGUUUUAAGUUGAUAAGUAGAUCAGAACAAUUUUAGUUUCACCAUUCUAAGCAAAAGUAGACCUAUAUUAUAGCCAAAUCUCUAUGCAAUCAAUCUUUGUCAUAAAAAGGAGCAUAUAAUGCUAAAUCGUAUAAGUGAAUUAACAUUUUAAGUUACAGACAAGCAAACAAAGUGUGCAAAAGGUUUUAUUUAUUUAAAAGAUUUGAUCUAAAACAGAAGUGGACUGAAGAGGGAAUCAUAAUUAAACGUUUUACUUAUCCUAGGUGUAAAUGUUUGCUAAACUAUAUAUAAUAUGUGAUGAUUCACAUCCUUGUGCUUUUUUUUCUUCAAGCAUGUGGUCUGUGUAUAACCAAACAUUAACACCACACUCUCAGAUCAUUUAGAAGGUUAACUAGUAAUUAACUACAAGGAAGUUCAAAUUAUGGUAGAUAUGAAUUACAUUUGAUUCUAUAGUAUUUUAUAAACUGAAGAAGAAGGUCUAUUCAAGACAAAUUCUUAAGUGGAAACAAACA